AUGGCCAGCGGUGAUCCCAAAGUGACACAGGAGUUCUCAUCAUGGCUGCCCGUGCUGGAGAAACAUGACAUCCCCAUCGUGGUGGGGGUGGGUGUUUCUCUGGCCUUCAUCUUCAUCACUGUUACCUUCUAUUCAGUGGUCCAGAAGAAUGAACCUGUGCCAACAAGCCGAGCAGCUCAGAGGAAUCUUGGCGUCCCAAUACGGCACGUUGAGCGUCGGGCUGCAGGACACACCUAUGAAAACAGAGCUUUCGAGGAUGACGACUGCGUUGCGGUGAUUGAGCAGAGCCCUAACACCUCAGAUAUCAGAGCUCAGCCUACAGGAACCAGCCUCGUCACGGUGGAGGUGGAGCCCGCGUUUGAGGAGCUUCAAGAGUUCAGACAACCUGCUCUUCAAAACAACGCGGUCACUGUGGAGACUCAUCCUGAACCCAUGGUUGACACAAAGAUCGACUCGUCCCUGGAGGACGAGAAGGGCUGCAGUUUAUCCCAGACCAGCACGCUGCUGCAGAGUACCGAGGACUGGACCAGCACCACCAGAGGAGACAAUCAGGACGCCCCGCCUCCUCCAUCAUCCUUACCAUCCCGUUUUCCUUCUCCAUCCCCGCCGUCGAAGCGCGAGGAAGCCCUGCACUCAUCGUUGACCUUGCAGAGCGGCGAGCUCUGCACGGCUCCCAUCCACCACAGUCUCAGCAUAUCGCACGGCACUCCUCCCCUGCUGCUCACUCAUCACAUCUCUUUGGGCCUCACAACAGUGGCCGUUGAUGUCCAGUUCCACCCAGCAGCCACUGCUUCCGUGGCAGUAGGUACCAGCACCAACAUCAGUUCAAUAUCUAAUCCAGCUCCGUUGUCUGCGCCCCUGCUUAGCCCCUCGUUGGCCAACAGUCAGCAGCACGAUGAGAGACCUGCUGCCAGGUUUCCUCACAGUACAUAG